AUGAAUUUCAAUCUUUAUUAAGCUCCAGAGAUUUCACCAGUCUUCUCUAUUCCAAUAACUCUUAUCGAUGGCACCUCUUCUAUGAAUAGAUAAUAUAAAUAUAUCAUUUAAGCCUAUGAAGAAACAUUUGGAGACUUGUUGGAAACUUAGAGAAAAGAAUAUUAAUGGUCCAAAAAUUUGAAAAGCAUCAAACCAUAUUUAGAUGAAGAACGAGGAAAUCUUACUAUGGUCCUUACUUAAUUGUUUCACUUUAUGUUAUCAAAUUAAUUUCCUACAUAAUAUGUGACUAUUACAUUGGUUACAGAUGGAAGAGAGCCAUUUGAUAUUAAUUCUAUUAUGGAAUUAUGUCAAUAGAUAAAAUCUAAAUAUACUAUCUAAAUUUUGUGUAUAGCAUUUGGCAACAAAUUUCCACUAACAAUGAUUAAGAGCUUAAAAGAAUCUAUUGAGAAUUAGGAUUUCAAAAACUAAUCAUUAUUUUAAGUUAUGCGUUCUGAUUAUCAAUGUUAUAUAUAAAUUUAGAAGGAAUUAAAAUAUGCAUUUUAAUAAAUCAGAUAACAACUAAUGAUGAUUCCGUAAAAUCAUAUCUUAAACUUUGAAGUGUUUACUUCAAUUCCUUUUAGAUAACCUUAAAAAUAUGUGGAAUCAAAGGAGCUGUUUUUAGCAUCUUCAGAUCAAAUAAUCAUAAUAGAGGAUCAAUAAUUGGUAAGUAUCAAUUCUCCAAUUUGUAUAUUAUAAUUUUUAAGGAAAUCAAUAUCAAAUAUUUAUUGCCGUUCAGAUUUACUUUAAAGUGAUUAGAUUAUUUAAGAGUUUUAGUAAACGUUUCAAUUUUUUAACUCAUUAAUUAACAACGUAGAAUCAAAAGAAGAAUAUGCAUAAUAACUAGAAAUUAUUGAUUUAAUUUUAAAAAUUAUUGAAUAAACAGACUUCGCUUAUAAUAAUGAUAAUAAAAUAAUAUCAUUGUAGUAGAUUGAAUAAUUCAAGUAUUUUAUUCAUUGUGAUGAUCCCAAAAAUUUAAAAGAGAUACUUGAUAUUUCAAAGAUUAGCAAAUUUGAAGGUCACUUUAAUAAGAUCGUCUAGUACCUAACAACAGAAUUUUAAAUUUUAUUAAACUUAGAUAGUUAUAAAAAUCAAAACAAAAUAGAUUUUUUGAAAAAUUAUAUAACAAUAUUAACAUAGAGUAUCAAAAAUAUUGAUUUAGUUUUGGAAACAAUAGAACCUAAAAAUUUAGAAAAAACACUUAUGGAAUUUCAAAACUUAAUUGGAUCAUUAAUUUAACUUUCAAGAGAAGCGUUUUCUUCAAUAUAUUUUGAUAUCUCUACAAAUGAACAAUAUCAAUAAUUAAUUUAUAUUAAUGAAUUGUUAAAAAAUCUAUAAUAAUUAAAAACUGAAACUAACCUCAUAUCGAUAAAAGUAUUAAUUAAUUAAAUUGCAACAUUGAAUUUAAACUAUUAAAACCCAAUUGAUCCUUACUUUUAAUUUAGGUACCUGCAAGAACUUUAAUAUAACAAUUCUGAAUCCAUUUCUGAAAAAUUUCUCAUUUUUUUAAUCGAUAAAAAUGAAGAAUUAAAACCAUAUACAGAUUCAAUUCUUCAAAAUUAUAGAGAGAUAUUUUCUAAGAUCUCCCAAAAAAAGAGAUUGGAAAUAUAUUGGUAUAAUAUUCCAACAACAAACUUCAAAAUAAAAAGCAAUUAGGAAUUUGAAUAAAUAGAAUUUUAGUGUUUUAAAUUAUUAUUAGAUUCUUUAAAAGACAAAUUAUAAUUAAAAAAAAAAUAGAUUCAAUUAUUAAUUUUAACUGAUAACGAACAAUCGUAUGAAAAACUGCACCUUUAAAUUAGAUUUGCAUAAUUGUCUCGUUACAAUUUUAGAAUUAUUUAUAUUUCAAUUGGAAUGAAAAUACUAGCCUAUUUAGAAUAUAAAAUAAGUUCGAAUAUUAAUCAGUAAUCCUAAAAUAUCUAGCCAUAUUUAAAAAAUAUACCAAAAUAGCUAAUCAAUAAUUUUACUAAUUAAGAAUAAAUUUAAUAGAGAAGAAUAAAUCAUUAAAAGAUUCUACAAGAAAUUGCAAACUAUAUAGACAUUUAGAAUUUUUGA